AUGCCAGCUUAUGCUAAGCUCUUGAAAGAGAUAUUGUCCAAUAAGUGGAAAGUGGAAGAGAUAUCGAUUGUCAAGCUCACAGAGCACUGUAGUGCCAUUCUGCAAAAUAAGUUCCCUCAAAAGUGUGGAGAUCCCGGGAGUUUUACUAUACCUUGCUCUUUAGGAAGUACUACGUUUGAGAAAUCUUUGUGUGAUUCGGGUGCUUCUAUUAAUCUUGUGACUUUGUCUAUUUUUAGAAAAUUGGAGAGAGAGACUGGAGAAAUCAUAUCGACAACUAUGGCUUUGCAGCUGGUGGAUGAGACCACAAUCAUACUUGAAGGAAAAGUGGAAGAUGUCGUGGAUAAAUUUGUGUUCCUUGUGGACUUCAUUGUGUUGAACAUGGAAGAGAAUAGGGAGGUCUCUCUGAUUUUAAGGAGACCCUUCUUGGCUAUUGGCAGAGGUAUUCUGGACAUUUAG